AUGAAAGCGCUGUUGCCAUGGAGUAUCGGCGAGAAUGGAUUCCAUGAGAAUCCGCGGGAUUACAACGAUGGCCAUCCGAACGGCCAUGAGACCUGGGGACACGGCCAAACAUUUCCGCCGUAUGUCGAGAACACCACCCUGUCAGAAACUCAAAACGAUACCAUAUUGGAUUGGAGCUUUAUUAUCUACAUUCUCAUAGCGAUGUUCUCUUUUGUUCUCAACAAUUUGGCAGCGGUGGCCUUGAUAAAAAUGCAAUGGGGUUUGAAAAUCGCCCUUCUCUGGAAUUUAUGCAUUGCCGGAUUGUUUCUGGGCAUCUCCAACACGAUUCAUUUCAUCACAAAUGGUUUACAUUUGAUAAGUCAAGUUCAGAGUGGAGAAUCGGUUCUUCAAAUGUUCGCAUUCAUCGCGUUCUUUGACAACAUGUUCGGAUUUCUUUAUACAAUUUUGGUUAUUGUGCUCUCAGUUUUCUGUUCGAUUUAUUAUCGAUCAAGGGAUGCGAAACAAAAUUCCUUAUAUGGAAGAAGAUUCAUAGUUCCGAUAAUUGUCGUCUCAAGUUUCGUAUCUUUUAUCACCGCGCUUGUCAGCUCAAUUUAUCAAUGCGACGCUCAUUUGGUCACGAGAACGUGUGUGCGAAUCACCUGCAUUUCUGAUGGAUUUCUCGCCAAUCUGUUCACCAAACUAAUCACCGUCAUCAAAUAUGCGCUUCCGAUUCCCACGUUCGCUGGCGUUGUGUUUUCGGUGCGAAUCGCCGUUGCGAAUCAGGUGCCGAUUCAUGGACACUCCGAUAUGGACAUCUUUCUGAUUUCGCUUUCGAUUAUUGGAACGUUUGGCAUCACCAAUCUGAUUCCUCAAAUGCUUAUGCUUCAUUGCUUUUCAAGGUAUUUGGCGUUGUUGACGAAUCACCAUGGUGUGAUCAUCGCAACCCUUUCUGCGCCAAUUUCGCUUUUGAUAUUUGGCAAAGAUAUCAGGCUAAAAAUUUUUGACAUGUUCGGAGCUGGAAUGAGACAACGCCGUCAAACCAUUCCGCAGGCGUCAUACGCGCACAUCGCUCGAAAAUAUAAGCAGCACGCAAAGAAAGAAGUGCCGUCACCGCCAGUUUCGAUUAUUUCAGAAGUUUGA